CCAAACAGGGAGAAGAAGAGGAGGUACGAAGGAGAAAAAAAGAAAAAAAGAAAAAAAAAAAUAGAAAGAAAAAGGUGGAGAAGAAGAAGAAGAAAAGGAAUAAGUCGGAAGCGCCAAGGCGCAGUGAUUAUCGUCGAAGGUCUGCUAAUCAGACGGUCCGUAAUCAACGAUCAGGAUCGGCGUGAUUCGUGUUCCGUGAUUCUGAAAAACCUUGCCGAAACAAGAAGAAGAAGCUAUCAGAUUCGAAACGCAUAAAAGCUUGUGGUUCUUCAUCGAGAUUUUAUUUUUCUUAAAGGAUUUGGUUGUUAGGGCGCUCUAUGGUGCUUGAAAUCUCUGCGGGAGAUUUGAGUUCGUUCGUGUUGUUCAUCGAUUCGAUUGUGGCGGCGAUUAAUUUAUAAUUACAGAAAACAGAGGAAUGUCUGUUGUUGUACUAAAUCUUAUGGUUGCAAAAAGAAGCCCUGGUUCUGAGCAUUAGGAACCUGCUAUGUUCAAUGCUACAUUCUGAACUGAGGGAGUAUAUGCAGGCCCUUCAAAACUGAUUUAACACAUCUGCCUCAAGGUACAGUAGGUGUUAAACUUAUUUAAAGAUAGGGAAUUCUGGCAAAGAAGUUUCCUGUCAAUUAUCUGGCGAGAUUGGGGGAGCCAAGUCAACAGGUCAUUUGUGUACUUGCACUGGGGUUGUACCCAAUACUCUGGUGUCAAGUAGAAAGCAAGUAACAACGGGAACCUGCAAAACUUGUGGUGGAUCACCAGUUGAUGGGAUAGGAUCCAUAUCUGCAAGCAUGAUUAGUGCAAAAGGCUUGGAACUUACAAAUUUUAUCAAUCCUCACUUGACUUGGACGGUAUCAAAAGGCUAUAAGAGGUCAACAAGGCGUUCAAGGAAACAAAUUGACAGAAGUCCCAAAUUUGAUGGAGAUUUAGCGGAUAAGGGUGGUGAAAACCCAUUAGACCCAACUGUUUCUGAAUCUGAGAAGCUUGGUGUGGCUGUCCUUGGCCGACGGUUUAGUGACAACAUUGAGCAUGUACCAAUUAAGAAAAGGAGAUUUAUGGUCCUCUCUCCAUCACCACCACCUUGCUUAUCUUCGCCUUGUUGUGAAGAUAAAGAACAGCUUAUGGAUGGGCGAUAUUCUUCAGACAAGCUUUCCUUUCCUAAAUCAAUUUCCAAGAAACAGGCUGUUGCUGCUGACGCAUCUAAAGUUAGUAGGUUUGGCCAUGGUGCUGGUGAUAGAACUUUUAAUGGGUAUUUUCCAGAGGAGAUGAAUGACAAUUGUUGUUACAGUGAUGACUUUUCUGGUAUUGAAAUACUGGCUGCAGCUGCCUGUAAUAACAGUGUGAGUGAUGAUUGCAAUCACACAGAAGACCUUCCUAUGGUUGAAGAAUCAACACAAGAAAGGAGAGAUAAAUCAAACACUGCAACACCCGUUAAAGAAACAACUGCAUCAUUGGAAAAAACAGAUUCGUCUCUGAUAGACACAGUACACCAAGAUACAAUGGAAGGCUCAUCUGUUCAGGACAAUGAAGUUGAAAUUCAUCCUAAAGAGGAUAACACAACAGCUGAAAGAUCUGUUUCUUCACGAGAUGUUAGAUUUCACUGGGACUUAAAUGUUCCCAUUGAUGCUUGGGAGCAACCUUGUGAUACGGUGGUUAUGGAUCCUCAAACAAAUGCUGUAGAAGAUGCACAGGCUGAAAAGUUGCAGGUUUUGGAAGCAAGUCAGAUACGGAAGGAACCUAGUGAAACUAAAACUGAUAUUGGAAGUCCAGUGAAGCCUACUUUUGAAAAUGAGGAAAAUAGGUUAGAAGGAAGCUCUGGUACUGACGGGAACAACGAUAAAUGUGUUCCAACUGAUAAGCCUCUGGAAUCUUACACGUGUGAUAGUGUGGAUACAAAUAGUCCGACUCAGAAUGUUGAUGCUCUAUCGGUUAAUGGUUCUUCCUGCCCAGAAUCUAAUAUCAUUGCAGGCUCUGUGUUUUUGGAGGAAAACAAGAAAGCAUCGCCUGUAAGUCUGGUUGUGACUCAAACUGUAGAUGAUAUUUCUUUGGGUGUACAAGAUGACAAAAUCAAUUGCUUAGAAGAAAAACCUUGUAAAGCUGUUCCUUGUCCAUCAGAGGGGCUGGCUUGCAAGGUUGAUAGUACUCAAAAUGAAGAUUGUGAUGGUUCUGCAUCGAGCUUGAAUGAUGAGCUAAAAUUGCCUCAAGAAAUGGUGAGUGCAGACAGUUGUAUCCCACUAAUGCCUGUUUCCCUUGAAGUCAAGCCUGUUGCUAAAGCAGAGGAAGUGUGUGUCAACAAUACUGAACUUAACUGUGAAGAUACAUGUUUGUCUGGAGUAUCUAUGGGAGAUGGGCAACCAGUGGCUACAGCAAUUGUGGAGGAACAAGUUGAAGAAGCCUCUAUGGCUCUUACUGAUAAUCCUGAGGAAGUGAUGCAUGAGUCUUCAGGAAACCCCAAACCCAAUCUGGAAACUGGAGUUGGAUGUACCUCAGAUGAGGCAUGCCACAAAUAUGGUGAUGGUUCUGGCAAUAGCUUGGGUAAAGUGGCUAUAGAAGAUACCCAUGAUGAAAGCUAUGACAUGGAUAUUAGUGAUAAGGAUGAUACUGUUGACAAUGAAAAUGGUAGGGAGUUUGAGGCUGGUUAUGAUUCUCAGUAUGAGGAUGGUGAGUUGAGGGAAUCUGAUGUGCACUGGGAGGAUAAUGACUGUGAGGAUGGUGAAGCUGAAUGUGUUGAUUAUGGGUCUGAUACAUGUGAAAAUGAUGAUGCAGACUACUUAUCUGAGAAAGUUGGAGAGAAAGUGGAUUGCAGUGAUGAAGAAUUUGGAAGGAAAAAAGAGGGGAAUGUGUUUGAAAGAACUGAGCAUGGUGCUGCAGGAGAAGCUUUGAAACAAUCUUCAGCUGGCUCAAAGUCUAGAACUUCUGGCUCUGAUCAAUUGCAUGGAGGUUCUGAAAUUUCGUCAAACAGAAUCAUGGAAAUAACUGAGGGCUACAUGGUCGGGAAACAUAUUGCUGAUUGCUUGGAUGGGUUUGAUGACAAGGAUUCCCCUGCCAAAGUGGUUUGCUCAAGGGCAUCAAGGAAGGAAUUUUCAUGCAUUGAAGGAUCAUUAUCUACUGUACAGAGGAACAGAUCCAGCAAUUUUGAGUUAAGUUCUCAGCAUGAGGAGACUGGUUCUGAUCUUUCUAUGGGAAAAGAAAGAUCUGAUUUGCAGAUGCAUGGUAGAAACCUGGGAGGUGCCAAUUUGGCUAAUAGUUCACUGGCUUAUUGGGAUUCAAAGCGUCGUGUGUCACCCACUUGCCAUGGUUCCUUUGGUUCUGGGCGCCCAAGACCAAAGAGUGUUAUUGAGGGCCGUGGAUAUGCAACACAUGCAGAAGCAACAGGGAUUGGCGGGGCUGAUAACCACAUUCAUAGGCAAGCAAUAAAUUCUUCCUCAAAUGGUUUUUUCCGGCCUCCACUUAGAAGAAGAUCGCCAUCCAAUAGGGAUGAUACACAUAAUACGCAUAGGGGAAUGGCACCUGUGAGAGAUACAAGUCCUGAUAGGAGGAGGUUUAGAAGAUAUCCUCAAGGGGUUGGUCGAGCCUUUAGGGAGGAGUACCACAGACCAAUGCCCAAUGUUUCUGAUGAAUAUCCUUACCAUGUGCCACAUCGGAUUCCCAGGAGAGAUCAUGGUUCCCCUCCUAGUAGAGGACCUAUUUACUAUAAAAGACCCUACAAGAGAUCACAGUCCAGAUCAAGAAGUCGGUCUCCUGUUGGUGGAUGGUUAUUGCAAAGGGAACGAGAUGAGGUUCCAAAACAUCGCAGCAGCAGGUCACCAGAUUAUAGGUUUGAAGCAAGGGUAGAGAGAAUGAGACUGCCAUUUCAGAAGCAUGGUUUUGCAGCAAAAUAUGAGGAGUUCUUGUCGCCACCAAGACGUCGCUUUUCCCCACCACAACAUAAUUCCAGGUGGUUUGAUGAUCCUAAUAAUGGUGUGGAUCAUUUCAGGGGCAGGAGAUUACCAGCAAGGCCAUUUCACCAGAACCAAAGGUUUGAUUCUGUGGGUUCCUCACGGAGAUUGAAUUCAGAUGACUAUUUCGAACCGAUGAUUCGACCUGCGAGAUUUCCUGAGAUGGGUAGAGGUGGUAGGUUGCGGAGAUAUGAAGGAAGUGAUGAUGAAAGAAGGAAACAUGAGAUCAUUCAUCGGGUGAGGCGCUAUGACUCCGAUGGUGUUGUCAGGCGGUUUCGAUACGAUGAAGAUGAUUGUUUUGUGUCAAGAAAUGCUCAUAACUACAAUGAGUGUGAUAGUAGUGGUGCUGAGAGACGGCCUAGGAGUAUAUACCUUGGAGAGGUAGCAAAGAAGAAGGUCAGCAGUUAAGUUAUAUCAAAGUCGAUUAUUAUAAGUUGGAUUGGGAGAUAUGUUGUGAUCUGGGAGGAAAAUGUUCAUCUUUGGGUCCUUAUACCGGUCUUCUUCAUCGGGUUAAACACUCUCUGGUAGAUAGAAGUUUUUUUUUUUUUUUUUUUUUUUCUUUUCUUGUGCUCUUUCGGGGACAUCUUUGACUUUCUUUUCUGCGGUGGAGAGCAUGUGAAUUUCGUUGGUUUACCUUCCCUGCGGCUGGCACUGCUUGUGGAAGCUAUUCUCACCUCUCUGAUUCCUUCUGGCAAAAAUUUUUUGGUUAGGCCUGAUGUGGUUUUUCAUUUAUUUUUUUUUUAAUUUUUAAUAUCCAUGGUUAAUGUUUCUCUUUUUAGGAAUUUUUUUUUCUGUGCCAACAGUGGCAAUGGUUACCUCUUUUGAGGUCAUAAAAGUAUAAUGAUUAGUGCAAAAUGCUAUGCUUUUUAAUUACAA